AAAGCCUGUAUCCAGAAAAUGUAUUUAAAGCGUGAUGUAAUAUAGUAAGCCACACUUUACGAAAUUGAAGAAGUAGGCAGUCAUGGGAAUCGUAUUGCUACUUGGUAUCUUCAUUGCGGUGGCUGCAAGCCCUUCUGAUGGCGCCGCAUAUACAGUACAGGUAUGUCCAAAAUAUUGGAUUCCAUUCGGAAACAGUUGCUAUCGAUUCUUCGCAUCUUUGAAGACUUGGGAUGAGGCAGAGAAGGAUUGCUCCUCCUGCGAAAACUCACACAGUCAUCUCGCCUCCAUCGAAAGCGAAGAUGAAAACAAGUUUGUUAACACGAUUUGGCAAACUUAUAACAAUAACUUAGUUAACAGUAUGUAUAUGUACUGGAUUGGUUUGAAGAGGUCGGACGAGACUUGGAGUUGGUCGGACAAAUCACCAUACACGUACAGCAAUUGGGCACAAGGUGAACCCUCUAAGGAUGGAGAUUGCGUUCAGCUAAAGCAUACGGAUAAUUCAUUCCUGACCUGGAAUGACUACACUUGCGACGCUGCUUUUGCAUACGUAUGCGAGACUUCUAUUGGAUAUUAAAUCCCCCAAAAUGAUUUGAUGACGAUAUGUUUUGUUGCACCGUAUAUAGCAUUUAAUAUAAUGAAUGUAAUACAGUAGUAUUCUUGUCUGUUAUUUGAGAUUUAAUUAAAUUUAUUAAAUUUCUGGACCGUCAGACUACCUCAAUUUAUUCCCCAAACAAGAGGUUCGAUUCAGUAGGUACAUUCAUUUAAUCACACUAUUAUUAUUAUUAUUAUUAUUAUUAUUAUCAUUAUUAUUAUUAUUAUUAUUAUUAUUAUUAUUAUUAUUAUUAUUAUUAUUAUCAUCACACUAUUAUUAUUAUUAUUAUUAAUAUUAUUGGCAUGAGGUUAUUACAGGUAUAUAAGAGCGCUAAAUGCAUACGAUCCUUAAAACCGCUUCAUAAUAUGGAUACAUAUUAUUAUUAUUAUUAUAUUUGCCUCUAUAAACCUUGUUUAAAUAAUGGAAUAACAUUUCUGAGUAACAACAAUAGCAUUGCUCUGAGUUGCAUCGAGUGACCAUUUUGAUCAGAUCAUGAUAUCCACUAUGAGUGAAGAUCAUUAUCUAACUUUCAAUUUCAUCUUAAUUAAUCCAGUUGUUUCCUCCAUAGUCAGUAACUACACUAACAGCUUUUAUGUUUAAAAGGCUGGCGUUUUAGAGUUUCAAUAAAUAUAUAA